GUCCUCCUCAGUCGGUGCUGAAGCGUCUGGAGCGGACGGAGCUUCUCCCGCCGGUAAACACCGACACACCGGAGCCAUGGAGGAGGAGCUGAAGUGCCCCGUGUGCGGCUCCCUCUUCAGGGAGCCCAUCCUGCUGCCCUGCUCCCACAACGUGUGCCUGGCGUGCGCGCGGAACAUCACGGUGCAGACCCCGGAGGGCGAGCCGCCGGUGCAGAGCCGCGCGUCCGGCAGCUCCGACUACGACUACCUGGACAUGGACAAGAUGAGCCUGUACAGCGAGACGGACAGCGGCUACGGCUCCUACACGCCGUGCCAGAUCAAGUCCCCGAACGGGGUGCGGGUCUUCCCGCCCGCCGCCCCGCACCCGCACGCGCACCCGCACCGGCACUGCUCGCUCACCUGCCCGCUGUGCCACCGCAGCGUGUCGCUGGACGAGCGGGGGCUGCGCGGCUUCCCGCGGAACCGGCUGCUGGAGGCCAUCGUGUCCCGGUACCAGCAGAACCGAGCCGCCGCCGCCGCCGCCGCCGCCGCCUCCGCUUCGUCCUCCUCCUCCACAUCCUCCGCCGCCUCCUCCUCCGCCUCCUCCUCCGCGGUCAAGUGCCAGCUGUGCGACCGCAACCCGGUGGACGCGACGGUGAUGUGCGAGCAGUGCGACGUGUACUACUGCAGCGCGUGCCAGCAGCGGUGCCACCCGUCCCGGGGCCCGCUGGCCAAGCACCGCCUGGUGGCCCCUCCGGGCCAGGCGGCCGGGGGCAGCGGGGGAGGAGGAGGCGGCGGAGGGGGUGGAGGAGGUGGAGGAGGAGGAGGAGGAGGAGGAGGAGGAGGGGGGGGACAGGUGCCCCCCGCCACCGCGCGGAAGCCCGCGACGUGUCUGGACCACGAGGCGGAGAACUUCAGCAUGUACUGCUGCAGCUGCAGGGCGCCCGUCUGCAUGAAGUGUCUGGAGGAGGGCCGGCACGCGAAGCAUGACGUCAAGACGCUGCCCAUGAUGUGGAAGCAGCACAAGUGUCAACUCUCCCAGGCGCUCAACGGCAUCUCCGACAAAGCCAAAGACGCCAAAGAAUUCCUGGUUCAGCUGAAGAACAUGCUGCAGCAGAUUCAGGAGAACGGCGUGGAGUUCGAGGCCUGCCUGGUGGCGCAGUGCGACGCCCUGAUCGAGGCGCUCACCCGGCAGAAGGCCAAGCUGCUCACCAAGGUCACCAAGGAGAAGGAGUACAAGCUGAAGGUGGUUCGAGACCAGAUCACCCACUGCACCAUGAAGCUCCGCCAGACCACCGGCAUGAUGGAGUUCUGCCUGGAGGUCCUGAAGGAGAACGACCCCAGCGGCUUCCUGCAGAUCUCGGACGCUCUGAUCAAGCGCGUCACGUCGUCUCAGGACCAGUGGGUGAAGGGAGCUCUGGAGCCGAAGGUCGGCCCCGACUUUGACCUCACGCUGACCACGGACUCACUGCUGCAGACCAUCCUGCAGCUGGACUUCUGCCAGGGGAAAGAUGUGCAGCAGAGUCCCUUAUUGAAACAGCUGCAGUCAGCAGACAGUGAUGAGGCUGAGAUGGAGGCGGAGAGCCCCGGAGCUGAGUCGGGCCCCCCGGUGCCGGCCGCCCCGCUGCUGCAGCUGGAGAAGUGCUGCACCCGGAACAACAGCGCCACACUGGCCUGGAGGGUCACUGCGCCCAGCGGCAGCCCCAUAGAGGGGUACAUCCUGGAGCUGGACGACGGCAACGGGGGGCAGUACCGGGAGGUGUACGUGGGGAAGGAGACGGUGUGCACGGUGGACGGCCUCCACUUCAACAGCUCCUACAACGCCCGGGUCAAAGCCUACAACGCCAUCGGGGUCGGACCCUACAGCAAGACGGUGGUGCUGAAAACCUCCGACGUGGCCUGGUUCACCUUUGACCCCAGCUCGGCUCACCGGGACAUCGUCCUGUCCAACGAGAACCAGACGGUCAGCUGCAACAGCUACGACGACCGCGUGGUGCUGGGGACGGCCGCCUUCUCCAAGGGCGUUCACUACUGGGAGGUCAGCAUCGAUCGCUACGACAACCACCCGGACCCGGCGUUCGGCGUGGCGCGCAUCAAUACCAUGAAGGACAUGAUGCUGGGGAAGGACGACAAGGCCUGGGCCAUGUACGUGGACAACAACCGGUCCUGGUUCAUGCACAACAACUCCCACACCAACAGGGCCGAGGGUGGCAUCGCUAAAGGCGCCACUGUGGGCGUCCUGCUGGACCUGAUCAAACACACCCUGACGUUCUUCAUCAACAAGGAGCAGCACGGCCCCACGGCCUUCGAGAGCCUGGACGGCGUCUUCGUGCCCGCCGUCAGCCUCAACCGCAACGUGCAGGUGACUUUACUGACCGGCCUGGAGGUUCCAAAGAGUCUGAAGCAAUGA